AUACGGAUUGAUGCAGGUCUGAUUAUCGGUCGUGUAAUUGCACUAUGUGAGCAUCAGAGACCAGCCUCAGGAGUCUGUCUUAAAGACGCAGGGCUGUUUGUGUUGCAGCUACCCAUCAUCAUCGCUGAUAACGCGGGAUACGACAGCGCCGAGCUGGUGUCUCAGCUGAGAGCCGCUCACCAGGACAACAAGAGCACCUUCGGCCUGGACAUGAGCCAGGGCGCGGUGGGAGACAUGGCAGCGCUGGGCAUCACCGAGAGCUUCCAGGUGAAGCGGCAGGUGCUGCUGAGCGCAGCCGAGGCGGCUGAGAUGAUC